GGUGGUUUUGAUUUAACUUUUUGUUCUUUCCUUUCUUUUGCUUUUCCUUCGAUUCAAAAGGCAUCGACUUCCAUUUGUAGACUUAUAAUAUUAUUGCUUGACGAAAGUUUUCUAAUUGUUGUAUAUAGAAAAUUAAAGUCAAAAAAGUAAGUAUAACAUUAUUAUAGAAUUGGCCCCUCGCAUUAACUCCUGCUAUCGCCAUUUUUCUUCUCUACUCUUAUACAUUUGUCCACGAAAAGCUUGCAGACGUAAAAAUCUGUAUAGCCUUCAAUAUAUUCGAACAAAAUAAAUUAUCAUAUUUGCAUACUCAUAAUUAGUUUCAUCUAAAGCCCUUCUGACAGCCGAAUACAUCAAUAACAUUCCUUAAAACAAUUAAGCGCAGUCAUUUAGAGAAAUAGUUCUCGAUGGACAAAAAUAACUCGGAAGAUGCCUGUGCAACUAUAUCGCCACUGUUGCAUUCAGAAAAAUCGACUAUUAUGAACCCUCAAAUAAAAAAACAUGUUCAAGCAUCAUUAGAAUUUAAUAAUAUCACGGCAUCCAAAAAUAAAAGGAUACCAAUCCCGAAUGCUGCAUUUGAAGACGAUAUUGAUGAUCUGAAGGAAUUGACGAAAAACCUCAAAGAACAAUUGGAAAUAUGCAAGGAAAAUUACAAGCAGCAGCAGACAAGAAUCAAAAGGUUGGAAUAUAAUCUGGAAAUAGAGCAAGGCAAGGUGAAUGAAUUGCGGCAUGACAAUCAGUCCUUACGUAAAAUGGCUGUAGACAUAACGGCAAUGGCUGAGCAAGAAGAGGAAUACAUUGCCAAUAAAUUGUUACGCCAUAUUACUGGAUUGAAAAAGGAGAAGGGAGAGCUCUUGAUUCAAGUUGAGCAAGAGGAAGAAUAUUUAACGAAUAUGUUGCAAAAGAAGUUAAAACAGUUACAGAAAGAAAAGGUGGACCUGGAAAAUACGCUUGAACAAGAACAAGAAUAUAUUGUGAAUAGUUUACAAAAGCAGCUAGAUUUGUUUCGUCGACAGCAAAUUUCGCCUCGAUUAGCAGAGUCGGAUUUAUUGAACAGUGCUGCAACAGCAUUGACCAUUUCAGCUAGCUCUUCAACAACAACUGCAGCGUCUAUUGCCUCGAUAUCCUCUGUCGUUCCAAAAAAGUCAUGCAGCGUCAACACAUCAAAUUCAAUAUCUGCACAACUGCAGCAACAACAUCUUUCAAAUGGAUCUGUAUCAUCGGGAAGCACAACAGGAUUGAUAGAAAUGCUGAAGGCAGAAGUGCGAACGUUGAAAGCCAAAGCAGCUGAAAUGGAACGAGAGUAUUUUAGCAAGCAGCAGCAAUGCAACAAGUAUAGACGAGAGCUGCUCCAACAUCGAAAAGAGAAUAAUUUAUCGACUGAUGAUAUGGAUGACGGUCGCCUGCCUCGCGUGUUUCGCAGCUAUCAUUCUUCAUCAUCGUCACAAUAUCAUCGCUCUGUGUCUAAUUCUUCGCAAAGAUCGGCCACAGCCACAACUUUAUCUAGUAGUAGUACAGCUGUAGAGAACUCUCUCUUCGCUGCACUUAACGCUGUCUUUGAUCAGACCCCUCCAUUACCCACAGCUUCUACUUACUAUUCCCCAAAUAGUACUGUUCUACCACAGUCUAUUCCUAGCACUACUACAACACGCUCACCGUCUAUUAGUUCCUCCUCGGCCAGUAGCAGUCUGCAAAGGAGAGACAACUCCUCAAGAAGAAUUUCGAGCAGUUUGUUUGGGCUGACCUCAACCCCUCCUCAACAUCCACCUCAAUUGUAAAUGCUGAUGUAUCCGCAGCCUAUUUAUGCUGAAUAACGCUCGACCUACUAAUUUGUGCUUAAAUGUAACAAAAGAAUAUAACGAAAGUAAUUUAGCAUAUAAAGCUAUUUACAAAUAAACAUCGGACAUAUACAAACGUACCUCUUUUAAACGCGCUGAUAAGCCAAUCAUACUUCAAGCAUAAAGCGCGAAAUAAAAGGCAUACAAAAAAAGGUGAAAACGAAUUCUUCU